UUGAUAAAGGUCCGGAAAUAUGAGCUUGGCUAAUGGCUUGGGAACAUGGCUUCUAUAGGGGAUGCUGAAUCCUGCUGUAAAAUAUUGCGUAGUCAUAAUUAUAAUGUUUCCCUAAUUCUUGACAGAAUAUUAAUUAGUGUAACCUGUAUUGUUGAGUACACAUAGUAACUUGUACUGGUAUGAUUCUAUUUCAGAUAGAGCAUCACAUGGUCAAGCUAUAAGUGUCUAGCUAGCUGUACAGUUAUACCCGCAGUGCAAUUACUUAGCAUCACCUCUACACUCUCAGGAAUAAGAUUAGUAGUCCUCAGUUUCAAGAUUUGUGGCUUUUAUGAUGACAACUGAAACAGAAAAUGAAUCAUCCAAGACCUCCUUGUCUCGCAGCCUGACCCCUACUCUUGAUACAACCUUGAGGCUGCCUCAUGUACCAUACAGCUUUCAAUGCCCUGCUCAGCUAUUAUUGCUCAAAUAUGCUCAGUUUCAGAAGCACUUUUCCCUCUACCACCAUUCUCUUGACAUCGCUGAAGAGCACUUCGAAAGAACAUUUCAACACCAGUUUCGAGAACAAGUAUUAGUCACGGGAUUCACUUUUGAUGGUCUGUUCUCUGAGAAUAACAACUGGAAGGAAGAUCUUUUACUCGCACUAAACGAUCUGUCUCCUAUCACUCUCUCCAAAUGUUGCUCGUCUGUUAUAGUGCACGAAGAAUACAACAAUGGAAAGUUGAAUUUAAUCGACAAAUUGGAUUUGGCUGAGCUGCUGAAUGGUCCAAAAACGAUUGUAUCAUGCAAAGACGCUGUCAGGUGUGGUGCUGCAACUUGUCGCUUCGAACUCACCUUCCCUUUUCCGUCUUUUCUGACCGGAGUUGAUAAUCUUUUGGGGCUACUACUCAUUGCUUUGUCGUCUCUCCUUCAACUACCAGACUGGUCAUGCGUAUCAUUCAGUGAUAUCCGAGAGUUUCUGUUACAGUUCCCCUUCUGGGUGCACGGUAAUUACGCCCAGGCAUUUUUGGAAACACGAGUUGAAAAUGUACUAGUUUGUGAGGAAUUUAAAGGAUUAAAGGUUGUGAAAGUAGACAACGGAGAGUCAUCACCGAAUGUGUUUUUGUGCUUCAAAGAUGGCGACUUUGUCACUAUCUCUGGUCUACUGAAAUGGUAUAGACGACAUCUGGUAAAGAGGGUUAUAGGCAUCUUGUCAAGUAUGGGCGACGUCACUUCUGGCAAACUGUCUAGUUUAUUAACUGGAAUACUUGGAUAGACAGAUUAGUUGUUGCAGUUAAAAAGCUCGUAGUUGGAUUGAUUUGUGUCAGAUUAUUUUAUUAUAUUUCACAUUGAUUUGAUAAAUUUGUAUGAUGUGAUUG